GCGCACUUCUGUCGGAGUCCGGACCCGCGCGUGUGUGCCAGGCUGCAGCUGAACCACUCAGCCGUCCGGAGGUCUGAGGUGGGCGGAGACUGAAGCCCAAGGUCCGCAGCCAGAGAGGCACUGAGCAUUCGGGAUUCCUACACACGUGCGAGUCAAAGGAGACAUCAUGGCAACGACUACUUGUACGCGUUUUACGGAUGAAUACCAGCUGUAUGAGGAGCUCGGCAAGGGGGCCUUUUCAGUGGUGCGUCGCUGUGUCAAACUUUGCACAGGCCAAGAGUACGCUGCCAAAAUUAUCAACACCAAAAAGCUCUCAGCCAGAGACCAUCAGAAGUUGGAGAGAGAAGCCAGGAUCUGCAGACUUCUUAAACACUCCAACAUUGUUCGUCUCCAUGACAGUAUCUCUGAGGAAGGCUUCCACUAUCUCAUCUUUGACCUGGUGACAGGAGGGGAGCUGUUUGAGGACAUCGUGGCUAGAGAGUACUACAGUGAAGCAGAUGCCAGUCAUUGCAUCCAGCAGAUCCUGGAGGCCGUGCUCCACUGCCAUCAGAUGGGGGUGGUACACAGAGACCUCAAGCCAGAGAAUCUACUGCUGGCCAGCAAGUGUAAGAAUGCUGCUGUGAAACUGGCUGACUUUGGCCUGGCGAUUGAAGUUCAAGGAGAACAGCAGGCUUGGUUUGGCUUUGCAGGGACUCCCGGCUACUUGUCACCAGAGGUGCUGAGAAAGGAGGCGUACGGCAAACCUGUAGACAUCUGGGCAUGUGGUGUUAUCCUUUACAUCCUUUUGGUUGGGUACCCUCCGUUCUGGGACGAGGACCAGCACAAACUCUACCAGCAGAUCAAAGCUGGAGCCUACGAUUUUCCCUCCCCAGAGUGGGACACUGUGACUCCAGAGGCUAAAAACCUGAUCAACCAGAUGCUGACUAUCAACCCUGCCAAGAGAAUCACCGCCCAGGAGGCUCUGAAGCACCCAUGGGUCUGCCAACGCUCAACAGUGGCCUCUAUGAUGCACAGGCAGGAGACGGUCGAGUGCCUGAAGAAGUUUAACGCCAGGAGGAAACUCAAGGGUGCCAUCCUGACCACCAUGCUUGUCUCCAGGAACUUCUCUGUGGGUCGGCAGACCACAGCCCCAGCUGCUGUCAGCGCUGUGGCGGGAACCACUGCCGGCAUCGUGGAACAAGCAGCCAAGAGCCUCCUCAACAAAAAGGCUGACGUCAAGCCACAGACAAACAGCACGAGAAACAGCAUAGUAACCAGUCCCAAAGGCAACAUCCCCUCUGCUGCACUGGAGCCACAGACUACUGUUAUCCAUAAUCCAGUAGAUGGGAUCAAGGAAUCAUCUGACAGCAGCAACACCACUAUUGAGGAUGAAGAUGUAAAAGCUCGCAAACAAGAGAUCAUAAAGAUCACAGAGCAGCUUAUCGAAGCGGUAAACAAUGGAGACUUUGAGGCCUACGCGAAGAUCUGUGACCCUGGUCUUACCUCGUUUGAGCCUGAGGGGCUGGGAAACCUGGUGGAGGGCAUGGACUUCCAUAGAUUUUACUUUGACAAUCUCCUUUCCAAGAACAGCAAACCCAUCCACACCACUAUCCUCAACCCUCAUGUGCACAUGAUCGGAGAGGACGCAGCCUGCAUCGCCUACAUCCGACUGACGCAAUUUGUUGACAGCCAGGGCCAUCCUCGCUCCAGCCAAUCAGAAGAGACGAGGGUAUGGCACCGCAGGGACAGCCGGUGGCAGAACGUCCACUUUCACUGCUCGGGAGCUCCUGCUGCACCACUGCAGGGAUGAGGUAGCAUGAGGAGGUGGAGCAGAGCUGAAGCAGGAGGAGUCAGGGCUGAGAGAGAGGUGCAGGUGGAUGUAGGGUGGGGUUGCACUCUGCACACACACCUCGCCCUUCUCUCUCGAUGACCACAGCGGACAGUUUAAGCUCGAUCUUUACCACGUCAGAGAGCAAAUCAGCUGCAACAAAGAAACUGUUUAGCCUGCGUCUCGUCUUCACACCUGGACAACACCUGUCCUUUAUUCUGUCGGCCUCACAUGAGGCGCUCUCCUUGUUCUGAACAUAAAGUUAUUGAUCCUUAAUCCUAGUGUUAUUAUGACUGCAGCCUGUCAUUGUGCUCUUUCAACUGUUCAAUAUUAUUAACUAUUUGAAUCCCUUCUUUGGUCUUUUUUAUGAUGUGCAUGACUCCUACCUGUAAUCUUAAUAUUGCCUGUGGCUGUUUCUCUGCACGACUAAGGCUGCCUGUGUGAAAUGAACAAACAGAAUCAUGAGUCUCACAUUGAGAGACCAGUGGGCGUAUUUAUUUAUACCUUUUUUGUUGUUGUUGUUGGUUUUUUUUUUUCUUUUUCUUUUUUGUUACCUGGAGUGUAAUUGACCCUGAACUGACGCCUACAUGUGUGCACCGGACCCUUCAGAGCCGCUCUGUGAGACAGUGACAACCAUGCAGCAUGCUAAAAUAUUUCUGUCAUUAUUUAAGAUUCUCUGUGUGCCGAACAUUGCAAAUUAUCUACUGAAACUAUGACAGUGGUUUAAGAUAAUAGUAUCCUGCUGUUUAUGUAUGCUUUCAGUUUCGUUGUGGUGGUAUUUACUUGCAUGAUAUUCCAAGUUAAUGCAUUACUAAGUUGGAUGUUAAUGUACAUUUUUAUUGAUCCUCUUUUUUUCUUUUUGAACUGAACUGCUGGUGAACUUUAAACUGUUGCCUCAACUGUUGAAAAUGCAUACUCUGUUUAUGUGUUUAUGAAAAAUGGUGUGUUGUUGGUGAGGAUAAUGAUAGCCUUUUGGACAGACUGCUGCCUCUAGAUUAGAUUUACUGGUUUGUUGCCCAGGUUUUCUUUUGAUUUACUAAGCGACAUCACAGUUAAAGACAUUUGUGUAACACCUGCCCGUGGUUAGUUUAGCUUGCCCCAGCCAAAAAUUUAAAUGCAAAUUUCCAGUCCACUGUUUCAAAUCAAGAGGCUGACCAAUCAGAACAGAGUGGAUUUUUUGUGGGCGGAGCCUAAAGCAAAAAGAGCUAAACAGCGUUUCACACAGAAGGUGAUAGAGGUCUAAAAAAAUGAUAAAAAUGUUAUGUUUAAGCACUUAAACCUGCUCUAUUAGAUCCCUAAAAUAGAAUUAUGAACCUGUAUAUGUACAUAAUAGUUCCUCAAAGACUUUAUCAUGCUCAAUAUGUUAAAGUAAAACAAGGCAUUGCUAUGAGGGAUGAGACCCAGAGCUUGCACUGAGUUAAUAAAUCUGAUGCAUUUAAGCUGACAAUUGAAGUUGCAGAAUUUUUUUCAUGUUUUGUUUGGUUUUUUUU